CGAUCGCAGCACGAUCCUGUGACGAGAACGAGAUUGAGCUUGUUUGAUUGAUUGUUUAUCGUGACGGCGGCAAUUGCACCUGUGACUGCACGUGUGAUCGCACCUGCUGGCGUGAAGCGAGUGUCGCGUUGAGAACAGACGGAAAGCGGAAAAGGAGAACAAGCAUAAUGAUGAUCAGCGGGAUUUCCAUCAUGAAGAUUGCUACCUGCAUUCUACUUGGAUGCUGCGUGAUGAUGCGAGUCACCGGCUCAGCGAUACCGAUGUGGGAAUUUCUUUCGAGAGAUGAGAAAAUGAGUCAUCUGUACGGAUUAUUCAGCAAACAAGUGGCACGGUUUUGCGCUGAUUCCUCGAGGCCGGACUGUAAUAAGAACCUGCUCGUAACCGGCGUACGGAGCCUCGCUAGCAUGGACGACAAUGUCCUUGACAGGUUGGACCCCUAUCAACGUGGCGCGAAAGAAAUGAUUUGGCACGCCAUGGUGGGAAGCAACAGAUUCGCAUCAAGAAUCAGUCAUGAAACCGAGGAAUCUUACUUCACGACUGUAGCCGACUUAGCGAACAGCGGUAGUGAGACGAACGGCCUCGGUGAGGAGACUGUGGCGAGCGGAGAUUAUAUCCAGUCAUCGGAGUCCAGCAAGCCGUAUCUCUCGGGACCGAUGGUGAUACGGGUCUACCCGGACGGCCGACCGGUUCUAGAGGACCAGAAGCGUCCGUUGCCGAAGGACGAAGACGUGGACGAGCUUCGAUAUUCCCGUCUGCCGUCCAUCGAAGAGAUCGAAACUAAGAGUGGCAGCAAGUUCUACGGAAAACGGACGAUCGAGCCGUCGAUGCUAAAGAGGAGGAUGUCCCUCAUUGCCGAUGACAAGAACUAUCGACAAUCGCAAGCGUUGCAUCUUCGCCAUCCGUUGUCCUAUGAAAGAACGAUGUUUCGGGACACGUUGAACGAACGCGGAGUGCAUUAUUACUGAGAAGAUGUGUCUCGUGUCUCUUUUAUAUAUGAUACAAGAUAUUUCCCGCGGAUGCAUCGCUUCGUAAUAAUGAGAUUUUUCGAAAAAUAAAUCGCCAUCAAGAUCCUGCGGAAAGACAGAUGACAGUAGCCACGUUUGUUAUCAUAGAUAUGGAAAACACGGGGAAUGUUGAAAAUACAAGCGAUACCAGUUGCAGUCGCGUAAACGACGUAAUAAUAAUCAGCUGUAAUUACUAAUUCAUUGCGCAUUCUAAUUUAUCUGAUAUCGUCGUUACGAUAAGUAUGAAAGAGGAAUCGAACUCGUUUUUCGAAAUCUUCGCAUUGUUAUUUAUCGAAUAUUACCUAUUAUUGGAAUGAAAGAUACAGAGCGUGGAAUGUGACUGAGUAACUUUAUAUGAGAUAAGAAUUUAUGAUUUAAUCCGCGUGAAUUGGAAGAAUUCAUAAAUUCUUUCGAAUUGCAUAAAUUGGAAACUUGACGAUUGGUCGGUAAUUAGAUUCUCUCUUAAUAUACAAACGCCGACAGGAAUACAUGUAUAUAUUCGUAUACGCAAUCUCAAUACCACUCGCAUAAUCCGACCAUGAAUAUCAUUCGAGUUCCAUUUAUUUAAUUUCAUUCAUUUAUUAUAUGUAAUAUUUAUUUAAUACUCAAUGUGAUUGUCAUGGCUCAUACUUCAGCAAAAAAUAUGAAAAAUAUGAAAUCAUAUAUUAAUUAUCCUAGGUUGUGAUGAGCAAUUUAAA